GGCCCAACCGGAAGGCCGGAAGGAGCGAGACCGGCAGGCAGCGGGCCCGCCUUUUCCGCCCUGGGCCCGGAAGGGUGAUGUGGCUCGGGCUUCGCCGGCCUCACUAUGGUUGAGAACCGCUGCAAGGGUGCUACUUUACACACUGUAGGUUUUCAUGAUUGGAGGUUUCUGCAAAGAUGGGUUUUCUUCUGGCCUCAGGCCUUCCUCACCUUCCAUCACGUUAUUAAGUCUGCCAUUUUCAAUUUUCAGAGUCUGUUGACUGUAAUCUUGCUGCUUAUAUGUACCUGUGCUUAUAUCCGAUCCAUGGCACCCAGCCUCCUGGACAGAAAUAAAACUGGAUUGUUGGGUAUAUUUUGGAAGUGCGCCAGAAUUGCUAGACUUGGUGGAUACCUGUCUCUCUUAAAAUUCAGGUGAACGGAAGAGUCCUUAUGUUGCAGUAUGCUGUAUAGUGAUGGCCUUCAGCAUCCUAUUCAUGCAGUAGCUUCGAAAAAUACCUGGAUUUAAUUGCCAUCAGAUUUCAAUAUAAAAAGGGGACUUAUCUGCAGAAAAUAAUGCAAAGAAUGGAUGACUUCGUUUCAACAUUGAAUGAGAUAAAUUCCCAGCUGCUGUUCUCUAUUUUGUUAUUGGACCAAUGUUCUAUAUAAUUAGGAUGUAACUAUUUAAUACUUAAAGAGUUUGUAGCAAUCAAUCUCAGUACUGUCACUACCAUCUUACAUUCUGCAAAUGUCAUUUCGUUGUGUCCAAUACCAGUUAUUAGUGAGGUAUCUCUAAGGCACAUAGUAGAAAAAUUUGGUAAAUUAUUCAAGUUCCUUUCACUGUGACUUGGAAGUGAUAUAUCUUUAUGGAAUGAGACCGUAUAUUGAACUAGCUUUUUUAUUGGGGGAAAAAAGGGUUCAAUUUGUGUUGCUAAGGGUUGCAUUCAUAUUUAAUAAUACUUGCUUUACCUCUGGCCACACCAUUUUGAGCAUUAACCAGAGUACCUCUACUCUUAACGAACUCUGUAGUUUAUAGCAGGUUUUCAAACUAUUUAAAAUAAGCCUGUGCCGUUCUAAGGAGAAAGAUAAAUGAGAUGUGACUUGAGUAGUAUUGAGAAAGUGUUCACAUUUAACGUGAAAGGAUUUAGAAUAGCUGAUUGGUGUAGUCGUUUCUGCAGCCUCUCUGGUUAAGUAUGGAUAAAUGUCUUAAGCGUAAAUUUGACCAGCUGUCAUUUUCUAAGUAAAACUAUAUUCUUAGAAUAAAAAGAACAAAACAUGACAAUUACAAAAUGAUAAUCCUGUAUUGUGUAGAGUCAGGUCUCCACUUAUUUUAAUUACCCUAAAAUGCAAACUGUAUUUUUUUUGUUUUUUAAUACAGCACUUUGAAUCUGGUUUAUGUUUGUCUGUCAACUUGAACUGGAAUCUCUUAUGUAACUUAAUAGGUGAUGAUUAAUUGUUUUCAAAUCUACUGAUCCAUGGACCAUCUUAGCCAGAAAUUGCCCAUUAUAUAUAGUAUUAAUUAGUUAUUUUUCUCAGCUAAUUGUUCUCCCUAUAAAGGUAAAAAGAAAACAUUUUUUAAAGAAAAUAGAAUUAUUUUAAAAUGAGUCUGCUAGUAACGCUUUCUGCAGAAACAAGACAUAGAUCUGAAAGCCACCUCUUUUUAAAAAUUAAACUACUUGGAAAGAAUUCUAGGAAACAUCUAAGAAAAGCUGGGUAUGUGUUGCCAGCUUUUUCUUUUUCUUCUUUUUUCAAAAGAUAAAAGCUGCUUGUAAGCUGACAAUAUAUUUUAUUUUACAUUUUUGGCCUAUUUAAAGCUGAUUUAAAGUGUUAUAUUUUGCUUUAGAUAGAGAAUCAGGUUAUGGUAAUUGUUCCUAUUGUGAACUUUCUGUUGGGCUUUGCAUUAGGUCAAGGAUUUUCAGGGUAUCCCCAAAAUAGUACUCUUUUGUCAGCAUAUAUACAUGCAGAGUAAGUCACCUUUCUGGGUCUGGUUUCUUAUCCAUCUGUUGUCCAACUCUGCUGCCAACUAGGCUUUCCAAAAGCUAUGUCAACUAACUUUUCAUAUGUUAGAUGAAUCUAAUACAAAAAAAAUAGAUGAAAAUUCUAGAUAAUCAAUUCUAAGACAUUUCUUUAAUUUGGCAUUUUGGAGGAUAUAGGUGGAAGAUAGAGGAAGCAAUAAUUUCUUUGGAAAAUCUGUGGUAAUAUAUAAAAAUUUGAACUCUGUGUAGAUUCUGAACAGAGUGGGAGGCAACUUAUUUCUGACCCCAGCCAUUCUGACCUUUUGAGACAUAAGCUGUUUUGGAGGUGGGAGAAAGACACAGGAUUCUAUGAAUAAAGGCAGUUACCAUUUUCUUUAAUGUGUUGCAUUCAAAGAUUUACCACUGAAUCCUAUUCUGUAACCCAAAAGGCAGUGUAGGUAGUUUUAAGCCUAGGGAAUAUUCAGAUAUUCCCUUUGUGGCGUUGGUGGGAUGGUAGAAUGCAGAAGAGGAAUAAGGAUCAGGUUCCACAUCUGAUGGACUGUUGCUAUCACACAGUCUUACUGAGGGGCUGGAUUGCAUAAUGGGCAUUGCAGUUCACAGAUUACUAGGUUCAGUUACUCCCCCUAACCUUCCUGGCUUCAGAAUCUUUUUAUUCCAUCUCUCCUAGAAUUUGUUUUGUACUGAUAAUUAGUUCCUGGUUGGCCUCAGCUCUGCCAAUGGUAGGGGCAUGUCUUCUUUCUAAGCAGUCUUAAAAGAUAGUCAAUCAAAACGCCACAUAGUGUGUCGAAUUCCCUCUGUGGCUUAAAGUUUAGAAUCAAGUCCAGUGUCUCCUCAGUGCCUGUGCUGCUGGUCGAGGCACUAUCCUGAAUGCUCUUACAUAUUCAAAUUCCCAAUAGCCCUUUUGUGCUAGGGAUAAUAGUAAUAUGCAAUGUGUAAUAGGCUCUUUCAUCUUAGUGAUAUGCAGACCAGCCUAGUUUUAUCUUAGGACAACAUAAAAGUUUGAAUGAAGUAACUUCUCCAAGUUUACAAAAUCAUAUUUAAUAAUAAAACUAAGAUCUCUGCUUAGCUUUGUGAAAAGAACUAGGACUUGUAAAUAGAAUAUUUGUGUUUCAUUCUUUCAAGAAACAUAUAGUAUAUUAUCACUAAAGAUAGAUAAGUACACAUUUUCUUCCCUCCAGUAGUCAUAAAGUAGUAGUGGGUGAAAGAGCAUUUAUAAUUGAGAUAAUGCCAGGUUUCUAGAAGAAAAUAAGGGUGACAACGCAGUCAGGGAUAUGAACUUCGAAAGAAGCAAUGCCUAAGCUGAAUUUAAGAGCAGUAUGCAAAGGCACCAGUGGUAUAUUGACCAUAAGCACCUAGCUUGUGCCACCUGGGGAUUAGUAAGACAAGCCUAGAAAGGUAAGCAGAGGUUAGAUCCUAGAGGGUGUAUAUUUUUCUCAUUUCCUAUUACCUACCUCAAAAUUGAAGCUCAAUAUGUGUUCCCUCCUGCCUAACCAAAAAAAAAGUCAACAAAAAAAUAAAA